ACAGAGGUUCUUACAGUUGCAGAGUGUACGUUCACUGUGAAAAUAGGAAAUUUUAUAGAGAGAGAGAGAGAGGGAGAGAGAGAGAGAGAGAGAGAGAGAGAGAGAGAGAGAGAGAGAGAGAGAGAGAGAGAGAGAGAGAGAGAGAGAGAGAGAGAGGCAUAGCCACCACCAACAACAGCUUCAUCACUGCUCCUUUAACUUCCCCUAUUCAAAUUAUCCGCGUUGUCUAAUUAUUUAGAGAGAGAAACAGAAUAAGAGAGAGAGAGAGAUUCCAGAUGCUUUGGCAAUGGGGAAAAUUGAAGAGCAAUAUGUGCAGCAAGAAGAACAGAGGGAGAACCACGGUGAUUGUGCUCGGUGUUCGGUGGUUCUGAGAGCUUUCAGUUUCAAGUGUCUGUUCAUUCUCUUUCUCAGUUUAUCGGCUUUCCUUUCUGGAAUCUUCUGGAUUCUUCCUAAACACACAGUUCAAUUAAGCUUCGAUGAAAAAGAUGAAAUUAAGAAUAGUGCUACUGUUCAGGCAUCCUUCAGGCUGGAAAAACCAGUUUCACAGCUUAUUCCCUACAUUGAAGGAUUAGAAGAUGAUAUCUUUGGUGAAAUUGGUCUGCCAAAUACAAAGGUGGCUAUCCUAUCCAUGCACCAAAGUGUUGCACCUAAUUGGUCUGACGUGGUAUUAGGUGUUCUCUCUGAUCCAAUGAACGUUCCAAUAAAUCCAGUGUUCUUGAGUGUGCUGAGGUCAUCAUUAAUUGAACUGUUUCUCCAGCAAUCCAACCUGACUUUCACCACAUCAGUAAUUGGAAACACAUCUAUGUUUGAGAUCUUGAAGUUUCCUGGUGGGUUAAGUGUAAUACCAGUGCAGUCUGCAUCUAUUUGGCAGAUACCCAAGAUUCUGUUUAAGUUUACUCUUAAUAAUUCAAUAUCUGAAGUACUUGAUAAGUUUGAUGACUUUGAGAAAGAAUUGAAGUUUGGAUUGCAGCUGAUGUCUGACGAGAAUGUGUAUGUGCAAAUUACAAAUGCACACGGCUCAACGGUAGCUUCUCCUGUGGUAGUGCAGGCUUCAGUCAUGCAAGGGUUUGGGAGCCUUUUGCCCCAAAGAUUGAAACAAAUAGCUCAAACAAUAAGAGGUUCUUCCAGAAAAAAUCUUGGCCUUAAUAACGUAGUUUUUGGCAAAGUCAAAGAAAUCAGGUUAUCUUCUUUUCUAAAGGAUACACUACAUGCUUAUCCACCUGCUCCCGCUCCUGCUCCAUCCGCGCAGUUAAUUGAUCACUCUGAGCCAUUAAUACCACCAUUUCAUGCUCCCUCUUAUUCUCCAAUAUCCCCUGCAACUGCUGAGAAACCUCCUUGUUUUGACUGUAAAGUAUCCUCAUCUUCACCUUCCAUUGUGACUGAGCAUCCUCCAGAUCCCUGUUCAUAUGGUUGCUUCAAAUAUCAAUCUAACCGUUCACCAAAAUCUUAUUCUAAACCAUCCUCCCCCCCAGCUUAUUCUCCUGCUGCUUCCCCUACCUCACAUUCUGCUAGCCAAUCAACUGGGCUUGCUCCUGAUCUGUCACGUGCAGCCAAGGUUUCCCAUGGAAUCAAGCUUCUCCAAGAUGAGGAGAUAUCUAAAAAGUUGGUAUCUCACUUACUGAGUCCGCCCUCUCCAUCUUCAGCAGGUGGUGAUUUUCAUAGGGAAAUCUUGCUAAUGGGCAUCUGUAUGCUAUUAAUUUCUUUUGUUUUUCUCAAUGAUUUGACAUUCCUAUGAUACGGAUAUGUUACCUAAUGAAGGAUCCGCAAGCCAUGCAAGGACUACAGCUUAAUGAUGCUUCAAAAGUUUUGUGCAGACAAAGGAAGAAACUUCCGACAAAUUUUAAUACGUCUCUAUACUUCAAUUCAGGCAUGCAACCACAUUGUAAAGCUUCGGUGGGUUAAGCCAGAAAGUUGGCAGGCUUCUCAUCUAGUAUUAUAACAUCCUGUAUGAACGUGAAAUUGAUCCCAAAGGGGUCAACUAACAAACAGCAUGAUCCGAUGCAAAAUUGACUUUAGAUGUCAAAAGAACCCUUCCUUGUAUACGAUCAAAUGUAUAAUAUGCAAAGAAUUAAUGGGUUCUUUGAGCAUCUGAAUCUGUAAAACAUCUGCAGUAAUAUCCAUAAAAGAGCUUAGUUAGUCAGACUAUGUAUAA